AGUUCGCGGCUGUUCCGCGAUCCGCUUGAAAAUUAAGGACCACCGAAACUUCGCUAUAAAACUUCGCGAAAACGAAUCCGACGAAAAUCUGCAUUAUCGUCGCCACGGCCAUGGCACUGGUUCCAGUGCCGAACCUUAAUUCCCUGAACCAGAGCUCCUUCACCAGUCUCCCUUUAAAUUGCCUCAGAAUAACCCAAAAAAUUCGACCUACUAAACUCAAGCACGCGGUUUCUCCCUGCAAAGCUUCAUGGCAAGAGAUUGCAGGGCUUCUGGUUUUCUCUGCAAUUCCUUUUACGGCCGUUAAGGCCAUUGCUAAUAGCUCCAUUGGAGCUCAGCUUCAAGAGAGAAUGCGGGCUACCAAAAAGGAAUCUCUGGCUAGAUCCUCAGAGGCAAAGACCCUAGCAAAAAAAGCCAGAGAAAAGAGCUCAUGGUAUGGGAAGGAGCGUCCACGGUGGCUUGGUCCAGUCCCUUAUGACUAUCCUGCCUACCUCAGUGGAGAGUUACCCGGUGAUUAUGGCUUUGAUAUUGCUGGUUUGAGCAAAGAUCCCCUGGACUUCGAGAAAUAUUUCACCUUCGAGAUACUACAUGCUCGCUGGGCUAUGCUUGCAUCUCUAGGUGUUCUGAUUCCUGAGCUGCUCCAUCAAUUUGGCAUCGUGCGCUUUGUAGAGCCAGUUUGGUGGCGAGUUGGCUAUGCCAAACUUCAGGGUGAUACUCUGGACUAUCUUGGCAUACCGGGAUUUCACAUAGCUGGAGGCCAAGGAGUUGCCAUUAUCGCAAUAUGCCAAGUUCUUCUCAUGGUUGGUCCAGAGUACGCAAGAUAUUGUGGAAUAGAAGCACUGGAGCCCCUUGGAAUUUUUUUACCUGGAGAUAUAAACUACCCAGGAGGUGUUCUAUUUGAUCCAUUAGGGCUUUCUAAGGACCCUGAUUCAUUCGAGGAGUUGAAGGUUAAAGAGAUGAAAAAUGGGCGCCUGGCCAUGGUGGCCUGGCUAGGGUUUUAUUUUCAGGCUGCUGUUACAGGGAUGAUACUUUCUAUUUGGAACUGGCGAUUAAAACUGGCACCUCGGGUUCAGACCUAGCCAAGCCAUCUACACUUAAUUGAGUUCCCAGAUCUGGAGGAACCGUGAACUGGCUGAUUCAACCAAAUUUCAUCUGAUACUGUAGUAAAAGUCACGAGUUUCAGUCGAUUCUUGGAGGACGUGAUUGAGUUCUAGCCAAUUUUCGAACUUGCAUGACUCCACUCAUGUUUUGCCCUUUUUCUUUGGUAUU